GAUCCCGUCUUCAGUCCACCUCCCCAGUCUAAAGAAAUCUUCCCACCUCUAGCGCUUUUUGUUCUCACGAUCCACCUCUGUGCGAUUUCUACUUCCCGGCGCUCUACAUAAAACCUUGCUCUUCCGACCAUAGAAAUCAUGGCCUCCAGAGCCGCAGCAGGCGCCCGUCCUGGUGCCAGAUUCGCUCAGUUCAAACUUGUCUUGCUUGGAGAAUCUGCUGUUGGAAAGAGUUCGCUAGUAUUGAGAUUUGUCAAGGAUCAAUUCGAUGACUACCGGGAGUCGACAAUCGGCGCUGCUUUCUUAACACAAACCAUUUCCCUGGACGAAAGCACGACGGUCAAGUUCGAAAUAUGGGAUACCGCUGGCCAGGAGAGAUACAAAUCGCUAGCUCCGAUGUACUACAGAAACGCCAACUGCGCAGUGGUUGUUUAUGAUAUCACACAAGCUUCGUCGCUGGAUAAGGCCAAGUCGUGGGUGAAAGAGCUACAACGUCAAGCCAACGAAAACAUUGUCAUCGCCCUUGCGGGUAAUAAGCUCGACCUUGUCACAGAAAACCCAGACAAGAGGGCUAUCCCAACCGCAGAUGCCGAGGCCUAUGCACGUGAGGCUGGUUUGCUUUUCUUCGAGACAUCAGCGAAGACUUCCUCAAACGUACGGGAACUUUUUACAGCAAUUGCGAAGAAACUUCCUCUCGAUCAAGCCGGACCUCGAAACUUGCGCACAAACCCCCGUCCGGGUGUGGACUUGCGCCCAGAGGCCCCUGGCACCCAGGGCGCCAACUCCUGCCAAUGCUAAAUUUAAUCGCAAGCUAUCACCCUUGUCUCGCUGUAUCUCAUAUUCGCAUUCUUUCCCCACCCGUCUUUUCAAUUAUUUUUAGAUACGGAAGGUGCACGUCUUCAAGGUUAACUAUGAGUCGCCACGCCGGGUGACUCUAUGGAUCACCACCAAACUUUAGCCAGAAUGCCUAAUUCUCUAUCGGUGUCAUGAUGAUCAUGGAUAUGGCCCACUGGAAUUUUGUGAGAUUUCAGUCGUCGUUGAGUGGCCGAACACGAUGGCUUCCCUGAUCUAUGUCACCAUUUCUCUUUCACUUUUUUCGGCCUU